UUCUAAUAAUCACCAUAAUAAUAGGCGCUGGGUGUACAGAGGGGACCCAGGCGACGCUGGCCUCCAUCCGAUAACCACCGUAACAGGGGCUGGGCCGCGCCGCUCCUCCGCUCUAAGUGCUCCUUACAUGCUUCUUAAGUUACCGGCAGGCCAGCCGCCCUUACUAGAGCCCCUCACGGACAUUAACCCAAUUGAGAAGACUGAACGCAGCAUGCGGACGUUAAGUUGUCCCAAAUCGCAGGGCUGGCGAGUGAGGAGCCUGAAUUGGAACCCAGGAGCUUCUGGAACCCGCUCCAGAAUUGCGCUCUCGACCGGUUUGUCCGCUGAGAGCGAACGGGUGCGCCAGACCCAGCGCCGCAUCCCUGCCCAAGGCCAUCAGGCAGGCAGCGCUGGGGCCCAGGACCCGCGCGGAGACUCCACCCCGGGAUCCAGGAAGGCUCCCCCGAGCCGGGGUCGGAGCUGCGGCGGGAGGGGCCUCGGCUUAAGGAGGAUCUGGGAGGGCGGGGGCUCAGUCCUGGCCACCAGGUGUGAGGGGUCGGGUGCGGAGCCCUGUGUCAGACGCGGCGGUGAAGGCUGUAGCCCUGCUCUCCGGGAUGGGGGUGGUACUCUCACCCCACCCUGCCCCAAGCCGCAGGGAGCCCCUGGCGCCCCUGGCACUGGCGCCCGGGACCCGCCCUGGCUGGAGCCCUUCGGUUUCCGGGAGCUCACGGUCGGCUCUGCGCCCCUCCACCUCCGGGCCUGGGCCUGGGCCAGGGACGGGCUGGGGCGGGACUGCGGCCUCGGGGCGCUGGGUCCCUGCCCCUGUCGUGCACUGCGCGGCUCCCCGCGCCGCAGCUGGGCACCAGCAGCACCACGGACCGCCCCUGCGCUCGCCCGACGGCGCCCCGCGGCGCUUUAAGAGCCGGCCUGUCAGCCCAGCCCCAGCCGCCCAGACCGGCGAGACCAGCCUGCGGGAGCAGCCCCAUGGCGGGCCACCAGCUGUGCCAUUCGUGGUGCCCCCAACCCUUCAAGGCCGAGAUUGGGUGCCCCUGCACAGUGGAGAGUGGGCCGAUGCCGCAUGGGACCCCUGCCCGGCAUCAGAGCUGCUGCCUCACACCCCCAGCGGCGGCCUUGGAGAUGCAUGUAUGGUGGGGGCCAUCGACCCAGAGCUGUACAAGUUCCCAGAGGACAAAAGUGAGACCGACUUCCCCGACGGCUGCCUGGGGCGGCUGUGGUUCUCGGUGGAAUAUGAGCAGGAGGCUGAGCGGCUGCUGGUGGGCUUGAUCAAGGCACAGCACCUGCAAGCCCCCUCGGAUACCUGCAGCCCCCUGGUGAAGCUCUACCUGCUGCCUGAUGAGCGGCGCUUCCUCCAAUCCAAGACCAAACGCAAAACCUCCAACCCGCAGUUUGACGAGCACUUCAUCUUUCAGGUGUCCAGCAAGACUGUCACCCAGAGGGUGCUGAAGUUCUCCGUCUACCACGUGGACAGGCAGAGGAAGCACCAGCUCCUGGGGCAGGUGCUCUUCCCCUUGAAGAAUGAGACCCUGGUGGGGGACUGCCGGCGUGUCAUCUGGAGAGACCUGGAGGCCGAGAGCCUGGAGCCCCCCUCGGAGUUUGGCGACCUCCAGUUCUGCCUCAGCUACAACGACUACCUGAGACGCCUGACGGUGGUUGUGCUGCGUGCCAAGGGCCUCCGGCUUCAGGAGGACAGAGGCAUUGUCAGUGUGUUUGUCAAAGUGUCUCUGAUGAACCACAACAAGUUUGUCAAGUGCAAGAAGACUUCAGCUGUGCUGGGCUCCAUCAACCCUGUGUACAAUGAGACCUUCAGCUUCAAGGCCGAUGCCACCGAGCUAGAUACCGCUAGCCUCAGCCUGACCGUGGUGCAGAACAUGGAAGGGGACAAGAGCCAGCAGCUGGGCCGAGUGGUGGUGGGCCCCUACAUGUACACCCGCGGCAGAGAGCUGGAGCACUGGGACGAGAUGCUCAGCAAGCCCAAGGAGCUGGUGAAGCGCUGGCAUGCGCUCUGCCGCACCACGGAGCCCUGACCCUUCGCCCAGCACCGCGGUUCCGCUUUGGGAGCCAAUCAUCCUCGCAGUUGCACGUGACAGCCACAGCCACACGCAUGGACGUUUCAUCCAACAGCUCCCCGAGCUGCCAGGCCAGCCUGAGCCAGGAGGACGUGAGUGCUGAUAUGCAGGAGAGAAGAGGGGACAAAGAAGCCCUGGCCCGGUCAGCGGCUCUGGCCAUACAGCCUUCCGACACACUCCCUCCUCCUUACCUGCGGGGCUGCCUGGGCUCGGAAUCCCGGCUCCUGGUCCUCACAGCCCUGAUUUGGACCAGAAUCUCAGGUGCUCAGAAGAAAGAUCCUGUUUAGUGAUGACCCAGCUCUACCUGCUGAAUGGACCUGCAGGGUAAACUUGGGUGCCUCCAUCUGGGAAAGCUGAUGAUGUGUUCAUGCAGUCGAUGACCCUCACUGCUUUUUCAGCCAGGGUUUCUCUGCCUUCUGUCUGGCAGAGAAAACACACUGCUAUGGGGAAAAUCACAGGGAGGGCGCUGUGACCAGCACACUCAGGCACCAAGUGUUGGCAUGGCUCACUGUGCUGGGUGAAGGCCUCCCUGAGCAUUAGGUCCUCCACGGGGCUGUGUCAAAUGCCCUCCCACAUUGUGUCAAGUUUGCCCAUGGCCCACCCUCCCCACAGUCCAAAACCACACAGCCCUGGUUCUCCAGCUGUUCUGCUGUUUCUGUGCUCUCCCUGAUUAAGAGCAUUCAGUUCCUGGGCUCUCCCUUUGAGCAGGAAAUGGUGAAAGCAUGUGGCUAUGGUAUAGCCCACAGGGCUGAGAUUGCUGUGUUGCAGUAUUGAUGUAAAAUUUGUUAAGAAGGAAGUACCCACAAAUCACUGCCAUCAACUCCCCAGAAGUUGCACUCAAGCUAGUGAGCAGCCCUUGUGCUUGUCACAGUUACUGUAACAGGUAGUGUGUAUUUGCACCUGGCAUCGUGCAGCCUGCACGUCAACACGUUUUUGCGUAACUAGAACAGCACAUGGAACCACUAUCUCUUUCUCUUUUUUCCUUCUUUUUCUUUUUUUUUUUUUAUUUUAUUUUUUUGAGAUGGAGUUUCCCUCUUGUCACCCAGGCUGGAGUGCAAUGGCGUGAUCUCGGCUCACUGCACCCUCCACCUCCCAGGUUCAAGCGAUUCUCCUGCCUCAGCCUCCCAAGUAGCUGGGAUUACUGGCGCCCGCCACCAUGCCUGGCUAAUUUUUUUUAUUUUUAGUAGAGACGGAAUUUUACCAUGUUGGCUAGGCUGGUCUCAAAUUCCUGGCCUCAGGUGAUCCACCUGCCUCAGCCUCCCAAAGUGCUGGGAUUACAGGCAUGAGUCACCGCACCCAGCCCGACCAGUAUCUUUUUCUUAUGCAGUGAAACAACUUUAGCAAAAGAGGCAAUGAAUGUUAUACUAAGUUUGUACCUCUUUAACUCCACCUCCAAUUUCUGUCAAUCUACAAAUACAAGGGUCGCCUCGCAGUGUUUCGUAUGGACAGAAUAUCUUGUGUUUGCUUUUUGUCACUUAUUUCACUUGCACAUUUUCUUUUUGUUUGUUUGUUUGUUUUUUGAGACGGAGUCUCGCUCUGUCGCCCAGGCUGGAGUGCGGUGGCGCGAUCUAGGCUUACUGCAAGCUCCGCCUCCCGGGUUUACUUACGCCAUUGUCCUGCCUCAGCCUCCGGAGUAGCUGGGACUACAGGCACCUGCCACCACGCCCUGCUAAUUUUUUGUAUUUUCAAGUAGAGACGAGGUUUCACUGUGUUAGCCAGGAUGGUCUCGAUCUCCUGACCUCAUGAUCUACCCGCCUUGGCCUCCCAAAGUGCUGGGAUUACAGGCGUGAGCCACCACGCCUGGCCCACUUGCACAUUUUCAAAGUAGUCCACAAAGCUGUAGUUUCUAAUAGCUUCAUAGCUCACAUGUAAUAGGGGUUCUCUGUGUGUUUAUAGAGCAGGCUACUACAGUGGAACUGUUUCUGUUUCAUCUGACAUCCGGAUAGAUGCCAGCCACCCCCACAUUCCAAGGUGAGAUUUCUGACUAGCAGUGACUUUUCUAGGGCCACUUGGAAAAGUUGAUAAGUAUCCUUUUCUGCAGGACAGAGUAGACUGGUAUCUCUGACUCAUCCCUGAAAAAUCUAAAUGGCAAGAGACUAGCUGGCUCUCUGCUCUGAUGGGGAGGAGGUUGUUGUUUGGGCUGUUCUCUACAGACAUAGUCAGGGCAAAAAGCAUACGCAUGCUUCCCAUGGACCAGAGAGACCUGGCCUGGGUUGUCUCAAAUCCUGUCCACAAGGCAGCUCCAGAAGAAAGAAGCCCUUUACAUUUCCAUAAAACACUUUAGAAUCAGCUAGUCAAUUUCCACAAAAUAAAGUGCUAGAAUUUGAUUGGAUUUAAUUGAUUAUGUAGAACAAUUUGGGGGCCAUUUGACAUCAUUAAAAUAUUCAAUCUUCCUGUUCAUUAACAUGGUAUAUCUCUUCACUUUAAGUCUUUUGUAUGUUUCUCAGAACUAUUUUUGUGGUUUUCAGUAAAGUGUUCUUGCACAUCCUUCAAUAGAUUUAUUCUUAGACGUUUUAUAUUUGUUUAUGGCUAGUAUAUACAGAUUCUGUUGCUACAAAACUAUGUUGACCUUGUUAUCCAGUGAGUGGCCUUGUGACAUUCAUUUAAAUUAUAAUAAUUUGCAGAUUAUUUUUGUAUAAUCAUGUCCUCUGUGAAUGACAGUUUUAUUUCUUCCUUUCUUAAUCUUUAUGCCUUAUUUAGCUCUUGCCAAACUGCAGUGGCUGAGCAAUUGGACAAGAUAAAGAAAUAAAAGUGAUCCAGAUCAUAAAGAAAGAAGUAAAACUAUAUCUGCACAUGACAUAAUCUUGUCUAUGGAAAAUCCUAAGGAAUCCACACACAAAAAAACUACUAGAGCUAAUAAGUUUGGCAAGGUUGCAAGAUAUAAAAUUGGUAUACAAAUUGCAGUGGCUAGGACCUCCAGCAGAAUGCUGACUAUAAGUAGUGAUAGUGGGUAUUCUUGUCUCAUCCUCAAUCUCAGGGGUGGUGGGUGUGGCAUGUGGAGAGCUGUCAAUAUUCACCAUGAAGUUUGAUGGUUGUUAUAGGAUCUUUAAUGUACUCAUUAACAUAUAUUCUCAAGCUGUUAAAAAGAUUUUUUAAAAAUUACAAAUGAGGUUAAAUUUCUCUCAAAUACUUAUUCUGCACCUUUUGAAAUAAUUUUAUUUUUAUCCUUUAUUCUUUGGAUGUGAUGACUUAUACUAAUUGACUGUUGAAUGUCAAACCAAACUUAACAUUCUUGUAAUAGAAACCAGCAGGGUGUGUACGCAUUUGUGUGUGUGCGCAGGUUUAUACACAUAAACACAAUAAUACUUGGACUUAUUUAUUUAAAAUUUAGAUUUAUUAGAGGGAGCAUGGCCAUAAAAUAAAAUAAAAUAAAAUUUAGAUUUAAGUUGAGCUCAGUGGCUCACAUCUAUUAUCCCAGCACUUUGGAAGGCCAAGGCAGGUAGAUUGUCUAAGCUCAGGAAUUUGAGACCAACGUGGUGAAACUCGGUCUCUACAAAAACCACAAAAAUUAGCCAGGUAUGGUGUCACAUGCCUGUUGUCCCAGCUACUUGGAGGGCUGGGGCAGGAGUAUUGCAUGAGCCCGGGAGGUUAAGGCUGAAGUGAGUCAUGUUCACGCCACUGCACUACAGCCUGGAUAACAAAGCGAGACUCUGUCUCCAAAAAUAAAAUAAGUAAAUAAAUAAAUAAAUAAAAUUUAGAUUAAUUUGCUGUUAUAUUUUUAUAUAAACUAUGUUUAUGACAUAAGUAUAAACAAAAAAAUAAAAUAAGUAAAUAAAUAAAUAAAAUUUAGAUUAAUUUGCUGUUAUACUUUUAUAUAAGCUAUGUUUAUGACAGACUUUCCUAUAAUAUUCUUAUCAUAAUGUUCUUGCACUUGAAAGAAUGUGCAUUCUGCAGUUGUGUGCAGGUGUUAUAUGUAUUUCAACUGGGUCAAGUUUGUUAAUCAGGUUGGUCAAAUUAUCUACAUCUUUACUGAUAUUUUUGUCUGUUUUUCUAUAAAUUACUGAGAGAGGCUAAAGCCUGCCACUAUUAUUAUGAAUUUGUUUAUUUCUCCUUUGAGUUUUGUUAAUUUUUGUUUUAUGCAUUUAGAGGUUGUGUUAUUAGGCUCAUACCCCUUUAAAAUUGACGUUUUCUGGUAGAGUGAACCCUUUAUUAUGUGAAAUGGCUUUCUCUACCACUCACAAUGGUAUUUUUUUCACUUUCCCCCUUAUUUUUGAAUUUUCAAUGUUCUUAUAAUGAUGUCAUGUCUCUUGAAUAGAGUUGUUUUAAUCAAGUCUGUCAAUUUUUGUCUUUUGUGUAUUUCGUGAAUUUACAUUUAUUGUAAUUACUGAUAUAGUUGUGUUCAUAAAUACCAUCUUACUGUUUCCAUUUGUCUUACCCAUUUUUUUUAUUUUUUUCUUUUCUGUUGCUUUCUUUCUGAUUAUUUUUUUAAUUCUGUUUCCCCCCCUACCAUUGGUUCUACUUACACAUUCUUUUAUAAUUUCUUUAGUGGUUUCCUCCACAGAUUACAACUUCUGUACAUUAUUAUAAUCUAAUACAAAUUUUACUUUUUAUUGUUUCCCAGACAAUGCUAUGAUCUCACAAUACUCAAUCUCUAUUUACCUCCAUUCUACUCUUGCAUGUAUAUUAUUAUUACUCAUUUUAAUUUCACAUAUAUUUUACACCUAACGAGACAUUAUUAUUAUUGCUAUGUGCAGUCAAUAUUCAUUUGUAUUCACCCACAUAUUCACUCUGUUUUUUUUUAUUAUUUCCUGCAUUUCUGUGAUUCUAUCAUAGAUCAGUUUUCUUCUACCUGAAGAAUUCCCUUUAGUAUUUUUUGUGUAUGCACAUCUGCUGGCAGCAAAUCUUCUCAGGUAUUUUUGUGUUUUUUUCUUUGCUUGUUUUUGAGACAGGGUCUCACUCUGUCGCCCAGGCUGGAGUGCAGUGGCAUGAUCAUGGUUCACUGUAGCCUCAACCUCCUAGGUUCAAGCAGUCCUCCCACCUCAGCCUCCCGAGUAGCGGGACUACAGGCAGGCACCACCAUACCUGGCUAAUUCUUUUGUAUUUUUUGUAGAGAAGGGAUUUCACCAUGUUGCUCAGGCUGGUCUCAAACUCCAGAGCUCAAACAAUCUGCCUGCUUUGACCUCCCAAAGGACUGGGAUUACAGGCCACCUCACCCAGCCUUUCUCAGUUUUUGAAUAGAAACAUCUAUUUCAAAUUCAUUUUUAAGUAUAUUUUGUGAAUAUAGGAUUACAGGUUGACACUUUAUUCUUUGAGGAACUUCAGAAUGGCACUCCAUUAUCUUCUCACUUCCGUCAUUUCUGUUGACAAGUGAUUUUCAGUGCUGUUGUUUCUCCUUUGAGAGUUAUGUGUCAGUAAUGUGCGCUGGCUCACGCCUGUCAUCCCAGAACCCUUGAGCCCAGGAGUUCAAAACCAGCCCAGGCAACAGAGCAAGAUCCCCCACUCUACAAAAGAAAAUGACAGGAGGGAGGCAGGAAGGAGGAGAGAGGGAGGGAGGGGAAAAGAAAAAAGAAAAGAAGAAAUGUGUCCCUCCUACCUGCCUCUAGCUGCUUUUAAUGUUUUUUCCUUGUCUUUCAUUUGCAGCAGUUUAAGUAUAGUGUGCCUGGGCCGGAUGCGGUGGCUCACGCCUAUAAUCCCAGCACUUUGGGAGGCCAAGGCCAGUGGAUCACCUGAGGUCAGGAGUUCGAGACCAACCUGGCCAACAUGGUGAAACCCCGUCUCCACUAAAAAAUCCAAAAAUUAGCCAGGCAUGGUGGCGCGUGCCUGUAAUCCCAGCUAUUUGGGAGACUGAGGCAGGAGAAUCGCUUGACCUUGGGGAGGUGGAGGUUGCAGUGAGCUGAGAUCGCGCACCACCGUACUCCAGCCUGGGUGACAAAGAAAAACUCCGUCUCAAAAAAUAAUAAUAAAAAAAAAAGCAUAGUGUGCCUGGAUGCAGUUUUGUUUUUAUUUAUCCUGCUUGGGGAUCAUAAAGCUUUAUCAGUUUUGGAAAGUUCUCAGCCUAUAUUUAUUUAACUGUUCCUUCUGCCCCAUCUUCCUCCCUUCUAAGACUCCAGUUACAUAUGUGUUAGGCCUGUUCACCACUUCCCACAAGUAUCUUAUGUUCUUUGCUGUAUUUUCCAUACUCUUUGUCUCUGUUCUUCAGCUUAGACUUUUUGUUCUGUCCUAUAUUACAGUUCAAAGAAUGUUCCUUCUGCUAAAUCUAAUUGUAGUUAACCUAUAUGCUAAGUAGUUAAUUUCAAUUAUUGUAUUUUUAAGUUUUAAAUUUCCAUUUCAUUCUUUCUUAUAGAUUCCAGUUCUUUGAUGAAAGUCUCUAUUCCACCCAUCAAGUCUGUGUCUGAUAACACCAAUAUCUGGGUCAUUAGUGGCUCCGUUUUGUUGUGUCUGUUUUCCCCUCCUUCCUGUUUUGUGGUGUGUUUGAUCACCUAUUGUUGAAUGCUAACCAUUAUAAUAAAUUUUAGUGGCUCCAGGAAACAUUAUCUGAAGACAAUGUCUGUCUCAAGGGAGGGUUUACCAUGUCAUCUGAUAGACAGAGUGGGAAGAUUUUACCUUAAUCCAAUGGUACUGAACUGACUAGAGUCUAUGUUGCAGUUCUUGGAAGGCUUCAUCUCCAUCUCUGGUUUGCCCGUCUAUCUAGAGUGUGGUCCUCCAAGGAUUCCAACUGAGCGUCUGAUGUGAUUAUUAGGCUUCUUUUCCUUGGUGGGUCCUGAACUCCAACUUUUAUCUCAUUAAUAUGACACUGCCAAAACCUGCUGCCUUUCAUAGCCUUUCUGCAUAGCUUAACUCAGCAGAUGCCUCAAGGGGAAAGUGUUCCUUUUCUGUGUUUCCCUUCUACAUGAUAUCUCGGCCCCUUCAGUUCCAGCUGCCUUGACAACCUCAGUCUCCAUUUCUUGUCUCUCCAGCUGAAGACUCUGCUGCCUUUGCUGCCUCUUAGCUAUGGCCGUCUGCCCAAAUGCUCGGCCUCUUAGCUAAAAUCAGCACGUUUCCUGAAGGGAAAAGUAGUUCACAGAGGGCCAGCUUGCCUCCUUGUGUUUUUCUUCUUUUGAGAUUAUGGCCCUUCAAAUGUUUGUUAACUGGGAAGCUUUCCAAAAACUUUUUUGAAAAGUUUUCUGUGUUUUAUUCAGCCUUUCCAGUUGUUCUUGGAAUGAGUGUUGGUCUGCCUCAAGCAGAAAAAAAAUUCUCAGAAUUCUUUUCUCAGAAAAAGGAUUCUCAGCAGAGAGUGAUUUUAUACAGGGAAUGGGAUUAAACAAUUCUUGGGAAAGCUGGUGAAGCCAACGAGGGAACAGUUACUUUUAUCAGUGUGCAAUUUUUUUUGCUAUAAUGGUGCAUAACAACUAAUCACAACAUGUCAAUGCCAUACUUAAAUAAGCACUCAUUUCUAACACAUCUGUGGGUUGGCUGGAGGUGGUCUGAGCUAGGGUAGGCAACUCACUUUUUUUUUUUUUUUUUAGAGUUUCACUCUUGUUGCCCAGGCUGGAGUGCAAUGGCGCCAUCUCAGCUCACUGCAACCUCCGCCUCCCAGGUUCAAGUGAUUCUCCUGCCUCAGUCUCCUGAGUAGCUGGGAUUACAGGCAUGUGCUACCACGCCCGGCUAAUUUUGUCUGCCUUCCUUCCUUUCUUUCCUUUCUUUCUUUCAACGGAGUUUUGCUCUUGUUGCCCAGGCUGGAGUGCAAUGGCGUGAUCUCGGCUCACCACAACCUCUGCCUCCCGGGUUCAAACGAUUCUCCUGCCUCAGCCUCCCAAGUAGCUGGGAUUACAGGCAUGUGCCACCACGCCCGGCUACUUUUGUAUUUUUAGUAGAAACGGGGUUUCUCCAUGUUGGCCAGGCUGGUCUCGAACUCCCGACCUCAGGUAAUCCGCCUGCCUCGGCCUCCCAAAGUGCUGAGAUUACAGGCGUGAGCCACUGCACCAGGCCUAAUUUUGUAUUUUUUAGUAGAGACGGGGUUUCUUCAUGUUGGUCAGGCUCGUCUCGAACUCCGGACCUCAGGUGAUCUGCCUGUCUCAGCCUCCCAAAGUGCUGGGAUUACAGGUGUGAGCCACUGCGCCGGGCCUGGCAACUCACUUUCAAGCUGGCUGGGCUUGGCUCCUCACAUUUGUGCAUUCUGAACACAGGCUGCAGGGACAGCUGCUACCCCCAGGGAAAGCUCUUUUCAUGGUGAAGGCAGAAGCAUAAAAAGGCAAGCUGCAUUGUGCAGAUGCAUAUCUGUGUCUCUCCUUAUGUUGUGUCAUCCAAUAUCCCAUUGGCCAAAGCACGUCACAUAGCCAAGCUCCAAAUCAAGGGUCAGAGAAGUAAAUGAUAUCUUUUUCCUGAGGGGAACUACAACACUACAGGGCAAUGGACACAGCCACAGGGAGGGGUGAAGAAUUCAGGUGGACAAUGCAAUGAACCAUGCUGAUGUUUCCUGGAGCUGGGAUCUUCAGGAACCUGUGCUUGGCUGUGCCCAUCCAGUCACCAAGAAGGAACCCCCCUACUGCAGAGCUGCUUUUGGGCCUCAAUGCCAUUGUUGCCAAACUGACAUUCCAUGAUGAAAAUGGACUGUAAUUUGUACAGCUAUUUGCCAGUUACGUUUUUUCUAUUUUGCACUGUGGAAAUCUUUGCCCAAAUUACUGCAAGAGUCUCGAGCAUCCUGCCAUGGGAAGUGCAGAAUCAAAGGAAGAAAACGAUGAUUUUUUAAACCAUCUUUCUGCUUUCUAGUCUCACCUGAGUGCCUCACAUUUGGCAGAAUCAACCUGGAAUCCUGAUCAUAAGACUAUCAGGGAAAUAUAAUUUCCAGACUUCCAUUUCCAGAAAAAUGUAAUAAAUACUUUUAAAGGGGAUGGAGAUGGUACCGUGUGCUAACCCCACUCUGAGACAAACCUGGGUCACAGGAACCAUAGGGAAGAUGUCUGCAGUAGAAGGGGACCUCGAAAUACUCAAGUACUUGGCUCACAACAGCACUAUUCACAUAAAGCCUGGCCUGCCCCUUGGUGACCUCCUUCCCUUACGCCUCUAGACUCUACUAGGUGAUCAGAAAUCCCUGCAAGCUAGUUGGGGAGGGAAGAGUGAAAGUGAAAAAUGGAGAGGAAACACUGCUACCCGCCCAAUGCCCGGAGCCAAAUGCAAGCCUGGGCCAGGCUUGGGGGAGGAAUCAAGAGGAAGCUUAAACUUAAAAUGAAAUCGAAAGUUUAGACUCCUGCGUGGGAUUGGACAUUUUAAAUGCUGAACAGAGCCUAUUUUUAUAGCUAGAAGUUACAGGACAAAUUUUUGGUUAACUGAGAAUGAUUCAAAAAUCAUGUGAAUUUUGUGAUCCAGAAAGUCACAGAACAUGCCCUAGAUUUUAUCCCAGGGGCAGAGAGGAGUGACCUGCAGAGCAAGUUUGAAUUGGUAAAUAGAAAACAAGAAUAAAAUAGUUUGCUGUUUACAUUCCAUAAGCCUGGCUCUUUCAACAUCAUGGGUAUAUUUCUUGGUUGAAUUUAGUAUGCCACUAUGAAGCCGGAUUGUGAUAUUUGCCUAGGAUGUUUUGUCCUAAUAUUUAGUAUGGAAUUAUUUGCCCAAAUCACCUGCCCCUCUCCACUUGUAGCUUUAUUUCAAGAGGUAUGUUUCUCAAAGUGGAGUGACUGCCAGAGUGGGAGAAAGGAGCUAGCCCUUACAGCUGUAGCAGGUCUUUGUACAUCAGCUUGGUAAAUCUGCAAAGCCCCCCACCU